UUAUCGUGCUGUUGAUUACCGUAAAGCCUUCAGGCAAAAGAAGACUUUUGACAAAAUAUUAAUUUACCCACAACAACAAGGUCAUGGAGAUUCAUCAGUCUGCUGUGAUUCUGCUGCUGGUCGUGUGUGUGUCGUUCUCCACUCAUGCUGUACCAGACGGUUAUAAGCAUUUCCUCAAGCAGCAUGUGUUUGGUGCCAUGACUGUACAGAAAUGUGACAGUGAGAUCCACACGAGAGGAAUCGUACAGUCUGACACCACCAAUGGCUGCAAAGAUAUCAACACUUUCAUACUAGCAAAUAAAAAAGAUGUUAAUGCAGUUUGUGGUAAAGCAGGAACUCAAAGGGGCAAUAACCGUGUGAGUAACAAUCCUUUCCCUGUGGUCAUUUGUAAAUUACACAGUGGGAAUACACACCCACACUGUGAAUACAGAGGGACCAGAUCCACACGUCAGAUUGUGGUGAGGUGUGAAGACGGCUGGCCUGUACAUUACGCCGAAGACAUAAUUAAUGGAUAGAUGACAGACUGAAAACAGCUUUACAAUAAUUUGCUAAUCAUUUGUUCACUUCUCCUUUUCUGUCUCCCUUUGUUUUUCAAUUAGAAAAAACAUCAACAAUCAGAAUCAAUCACAAAGCCAAAAAUAAAAUAGAUAAAUAAAUAAUUGACCUCAGUUAGAGGUUAACACGUCAUAGUUUAAUGAAUUCAUUGAAGCACAGGUGUACAUGUACGUAAUUGUAUUUGAGCAAAAUGGGA